AAGAAGCAGAAACACUCUAGCGUAAUUAUAAGAGAAUCCAGAGAUACUUUCUGUCACGGUGAUGGCCACUACUAACGCCCCUCCUUCCUACGUGGCUGCGCCUCAGCCCGUCGGCCAGCAACAACUGGUGACGGUGCAACCCGCUGCCGGCGUUACUUUCGGCACGGUCAACCCACAGCCUCGAAGUGGUAACUGGAAGGGUAUUCUGUGGACAGGAACAAUUCAAGUGGUUUUGGGUUCCUUGACCGUCAUUUUUGGGAUUGCCACCGUGACUGCAUUUAACCGUGUGUACGAUAUCAUUGACAUCGGAUCUCCAAUUUGGUGUGGUAUAUUAUUCUACGUCGUCGCUGGAAUCUUGGGCAUUGUGUCAGGAUGUAAGAAGAAUUCCGGAGUGGCUAUCGGCUACAUGGUCAUGUCCAUCUUGGCUUGUUUGGCGACGUGCUGCGUCAUUGGUUUUAGUGCCGGCAGCAUGUCAACCAUCAAUUCAAGAUGCGUUUACUACGACUACAGUUAUAACUCGUAUGGUAGAUAUCGGUACCGCUGUGAUUUGAAGGUGGGUCAUACUUUAAUCACCGUUAACGAGAAACGUUUCCUUUUUUAUACACGUUAUCGUUACUAUAAUUACACUCCACCAUGCUGUUAUUUGCAGGCGGCCAUCAAUGGUGUUUAUGCUACACUGAUACUUCUCGCCUUAGCGGAGUUUGUUGUCGCCAUCGUUGGUGCCAGCAUGACCUGCGGUCCACUCUGCAGUGGUGGAUCAGCAACUCAGACUGUGAUCCAAUACCAAGCUCAACCACACAUGGGGGUUGCCACACAGCCCCAGGGACCAGCCUUCUACAACAUUGCUGGUCAGCCACAAGUUGCCUACCCAGCGCAGCAGGGGCAGUAUCCGCAAGCUCAAGCGCCCCCAACCGCCUACCGAGCCCAGAAGGGGCAGUAUCCGCAGGCUCAAGCACCCCCCACCGGUGAGCAACAGUACCAAGAACUCGUUAAAUAGGUCAUCGAUGAUCUUUGACCUGAUGGACACAUGAUAUCUGGAGUUGAAGGCAGAAUUAAAUUCUUGAUUUGUUCAUGUUAAAGGGAAGAUACAACAUUUGCAA